AUGGUACCUCAUGAACCGCCAAAUGGCACUCCAGGACGUUGGGAAGCACCUCCAUCAACUAUGGCUGCACAAUUAAUCAAUAACCUCUCGACGAAAAAGCCAUCCCGUCAGAUUGAACAUGAUGAUUUACAGUCGCUCAUGAUUGAAGUUUCCAUUCGGGAAAAUGAUCCUUCCGAUUUCACGGAUCCCGAUGCCAUGCUUGAGCACAAACAUAAGCUUUUAUAUGUUAUCGCAAAAGUAGUCCUGGAUAAACUCAACAAAGAUGACCCUUUUAUGAAUGUUCAAAAUGUCAUUAAUCAGGCUUCUGAAACACUCGAUGUCAUCAUUUCGACUGUCAAAGAUGUGCCAAAUAUACUCAAUUAUAUAUCUACUCAGGAUCACCCUUUAAAAACACGCGGCUCAGAGCCCUUCUGGAUAUGGCUAUUUCCACGCAUCCUGUCAUGUCUAGGUCGUUGGAAUUGCCAAAAGCUCACUGCAAAAAUACAGGUGUUUUUUUCUACCUCGUUCGAGGUUGUAGCAAGAUCACCAAAGCUUUGGGGACUUAGUUCCAACUUUUUCUCCUAUCUAAAGGAUAGUAUAUCUACUAUUCUUAAUGUUCUCCAAAAUAUAAGCCUCAUUGCGCGUGGAGAGGUAACUGAAUUUGUACUACCCUCUGAUCAGUUCGAUCUUUCAGCAUUUUACUUCAAUAUCGAGGAAGAUCUAAACCAAUCAUCCCUCCCAUGCACAUAUAGAAUACACGAUGCUGCAGGUGGGAUUCAACAUGCUAUAUGUGUCCUAUCUAUCUUGGUAAAGGUCUCGAUUCAAGCUGCGUCUUUUCACGACGCAACAACCGCCUUCCAAGACUACUUAGCGUGGAUGCUUGACUCGUUUUAUUCAUCCUACGAGUUGCAAAAGGUCUGGAUAUCUCCUGGCACGUUACAUCAAGAUUAUGAAGUCCCAAAAAUUUCGCUUUUCUGUGCCCUUCACGCCCUCUUAACAUCCACUCAGAAAUCGGUUUCAGAGUCUUUGGUCCGAAAGGGGUAUGCUUAUCUUGCACUCAUCAGUGCAGAUAUAAUUAGAGAUUCAUCAUAUGUGACCGAUAGGGAUGUGAAUCUCGUUUUCUGCCAAGCUCUGUUGGAUUUGGCAAAAAUCUGUAGAAAGUACGACUCGAACUGCAGAACUGUUCGUUUGUGCCUGCUACCAAAGCUUCGCACUGUGCUUGAUGAUAAGGAUGCGUGUAGUAUAGCGGGAAAAGACUUUCAGAAUGCUUCAACUGCUUUGAUUUGGGCUUGCCAAUCAACAGAGAAUACCGAUAUUGAACUUGUUCUACCUCAUAUAAGUUUUGAAACGGAUUCUCUCAACGCCGAUCUCAGCCUACUCAUGUUGAAGGACACUAAAGGUCGAUCGAAUAAAUCAGCUCCAGCUAGCAAACGUCGAAAAAUACAUGCCGAAGAAGGCCUCUUACAAGAGAUUAUUGCCAAGCUAUAUUCUCUUCUCGGUGACCAAGAGGUGAUGGAUAUGGAUGGUUUAUGCCAUCUGGCUGAGAAAUAUUUUGCGGACUUGAAAGAUUCUGACCGAUGCAAAGCUAUUGAUUAUUUAUCUAUGAUUCCAUGUGCGGCAUAUGGGUCUUUGGCCGUUACUAGAGACAAAUUUGAAAACAUAAUCACAUCUCAAUGUUUUAUGUGCGAAAAGCGUCCUCCUCCGAGUAUCACGACAUUGGACAAUGAUUUGUGUCAAAAAACCGGCAAUGAGGCAAUUUUAAUUUUAACCACUUUGGUUAAGUCACCUGCGUUCCAAAGCUCACGACAAUCGAGGGUCAUGGCAAUGGUAGCCGUCAAGGCUUUUGCCACACAUUUUAGAGACGAGGGAUUUUUCAAUUUAGAAACUUCUGCACUUGGUCAGUGGUGUUUACAAUCUCUUCAAAGUUCCAUGCGUGAAUUGCGAAUCGCGGCCGGUCGCACAUUACCCGGGUUUCUGCAGGGACCAGGAGCCCCACAAGAUCUGGUCUUAAAAAAUAGAACAAAUGUACUGAUUAUACUACGCGAUCUAUGCGAAAAGCCCAACAUUCAUUGGCAGGAGUCAUGUGUUCUUGCAUGGGGUCAACUUGCAAGGGUUUUGAUUGAUGGGGAGCUAAGUAUCGUCUUGACAAAGCUCGUUGGAUACUUAGGGCAUUCCAAUCCAAUUGUGUCAAACGCAGCCUACAACGAAAUAUUGAAAUUGGCCAGUCGUAACAGCACUGUCGACAGGCCUGUGGGACGUUUAUUUAGUCCUUUCUGGGGAAGUGUCGCCAUUGCUGCCGUGAAGAACUUGCUUAGUCGUCCACAGACUACCCACUUGAUGGCCGAUUUGCUAGAGAUCACCGUUCCCGAUUUCCUCAUUCUUACACAAGCUUACACAUUGCCGUGGCUAGUGUUAUGGCGCGAUGGAAAGACUAUCAAAAAGAUUGCUCAAGCUCGGAACGAAGAAUCUUGGCGAAUAUGUACGCAAAGGCCUAAUGUUGCUCAUAUCAUGGCAUUAUUACUUGUGCAGGAUGUACGAGAUAUUGAAAUCCACACAAUGUCUGUGCUGAACUCUGUCUCUUCAGACUUCGAGAUGCGACAACUGGAUUUUGAGUAUCUUCUUAGGAUAGACUCACCAACUAUUUUUCUUCAUCUUCUCAAGGUAGCCGGGGAUGUUGAUGAUAGUAAAAAAUCAGGAAUUCAACUUGCUCUACAAUUUCUUGUUAAGAAUUUACAAAGUCCAGAACAAGACCGAGCGGGGAAGAAUCCAAUGGCGGCAUUUUUGGAACAGCACAAUCUCGGUCUAGUCACCCAUAUCUCGGAGAUUGUGAAUGACAACAAGGAUGAGAAAUCUAGCUGGGAGAAGAAGCGAAAUGUGAGAGCGAUCGAAGAAAUGGUCACCAUUGGAAAGACCUAUACUAGGGCAGCUCGACCACAAAUAUGUGCUUGUCUGCAGUCCGCCUUGGCUCAAAAAGACCUUCAAGCUUCAGCAUUUUCAGCAUGGUCAGCUAUGCUCCGAUAUCUUGAUGAUGCAGAUGUAGAAUGGAUGCUUGAAAGCACUUUUGUGAUCAUUAUACAACACUGGGAAUCUUUUGAUGACUUUACCAAGAAAGCAGCCGAGGAGAUCUUGCAAUACCUUCUUCAAAAGCGAGCCCACCUUAUCCGAAAUAAGAUAGUCAACUUACCAUCCCUUUCUCAAUUCUCGCAGCUCGUUGAUAUCGAACAUAAGCUCAACAGCAUAAGGAGGCCGACAGAUGUCAGUAAUGGGUUUCAAAUUUUCAGUCGUCGGAUUCGACAUGAAAACGCCGGGGUUGUCGCCCAAGCUUUGUUUGAAUUGAAAGAUCUGCUUCAAUCGCAGCAGUCGUAUCUACAGGCAUCAGCUGUGAGCGAACAGCCAGACGUGGUUGUUGGUAAGCUAGUGCGUUCGAUCAUGGAUGCAUGCAUCAAGUUCAACGAAUCACAUCAUGAUAUCGCUAAACUAUCGGGAGACUGUAUCGGUUUGAUAGGCUGUCUUGAUCCUAAUAGAGUUGAAGCCGUCAGAAAUCAACGGGAAAUGGUGGUUAUUAUGAAUUUCAAUGACACGGAGGAAACAACUGAUUUUGUGCUGUUCAUUCUGGAAGAAGUCAUUGUGAAGGCAUUUUUGUCGGCGACUGAUACAUCAUUACAAAGCUUUUUAUCAUUCGUCAUGCAGGAAUUACUGUUAACAGUUGGGUUUGCAGACGUAUGCGCACCGAUGCUGACAGCUGGCGAAAGAGAUUCCAAUAAUCCACUUUGCAAGAAAUGGGAGUCUCUUCCAGAGAGUGUGCAGGCCACCCUUACGCCUUUCCUUACCUCAAUGUUCGCUGUAUUGAAAAUGGAGGUUUCAAUUACUACAUACCCCAUUUUCCGGCCUGACAAUAACCAACCGGACAGAAUGAACAAGUAUAACAACUGGCUGAAGACUUUCGUUCUUGACCUUUUACAGAAACCUAAGAAUUACAACGCCGAGUUGAUUUUUGCUCCCCUGGGCCGAGCAAUCCGAAUCAAGGACCUUUCGGUGGCAAGUUUCCUCUUACCAUACUUGAUUCUCCACCUAGUCGCAGAAGGAACAGAUCAAGAAAGAGAUAAUAUCGGGGCAGAAUUGCUGGGUAUAUUAGAAUACGAGCCGACGUCAACAUCUCAUAUCAAGCAAGAAGAGCUGAAGUUAUGUAGCGAGGCAGUCUUUCGUGUCCUCGAUUACCUUUCUCGCUGGGUUCAAGCGAAGCAGGUCGUGAUCCUUCGAGACACGCGAGCUGGUGGCGCAAGUACAACCGCCGGGGCCUUGGAGCAAGUUCGAAGGGUCACUAAACUUAUCGAGAGUAUCCCAGCUGAGAUCGUUUCAGCUCGAGCCAUACAGUGUAAGUCAUACUCUAGGGCUUUGUUUAAUUGGGAACAGCACAUUCGAAAUGUUCGAGCGAAGAAGGACAUUUCGAGAGAAACUUCAGAUCUCGAGCGAUUGCAGGAGAUAUAUACCCAAAUAGACGAGCCCGAUGGUAUCGAGGGAAUAUCGGCCCAUCUUCAUGUCUUAGAUAUUGAUCAAAUAGUUCUUGGGCACCGUAAGGCGGGGCGCUGGACAGCUGCCCAAGGGUGGUACGAGAUCAAACUUGCAGAAAAUCCUGAAGAUGUCGAUGUUCAACUCAAUCUCCUUACCUGCCUAAAGGAAUCUGGGCAACAUGAUGUUUUACUUAAUUAUGUCGAGGGUAUGCACACUGCCACCAAAACAAUAGGAAAACUAUUGCCGUUCGCUACGGAGGCCUCGUGGGCAACGGGUCGGUGGGCUGCCCUGGAAAAAUAUACAUCAAUUGCUGGUCGUGAUUUAGAGGAAGAUUUCAAUGUCAGCAUUGGAAAGGCUCUACUUGCUUUACAUCAAAAUGAGUCAAAGAGGUUUAUCUCAACCAUUCAGGAACUUAGAGAGCAGAUUACUUGCUCUUUAUCAAGGGCUACCACAUCGUCGAUUGGAUCAUGUCACGAUCCAAUGCUGAAGCUUCAUGUACUCACGGAAUUAGAGAUGAUUACUGGUCUUGAUCGUACUGAACCUAUGCCAAGGGAGGAGCUCUUAGAGUCACUUGACCGAAGGCUCGAAACAAUCGGUGGUUAUUUGAAUGACAAACAAUACUUGUUGGGGAUAAGACGAGCCGCCAUGCAAUUAUCUAGUCUCGAUUUUACAAAGGGAGAUCUUGCCUCCGCCUGGUUGACCAGUGCGCGCCUUGCUAGGAAAGGAAAUGCAAUACAUCAAUCUUUCAAUGCUGUGCUCCAUGCGUCACAGCUCGGCGACGAAUCGGCAAAGAUAGAACAUGCACGACUUCUAUGGAAGGAAGAACAACAUCGAAAAGCGAUUCAGAGCCUCCAGGGUGCAAUUGACAGUAAUGCUUUUAUAUCUCACAAUGAGAUAAGCAAGGCAUCUAUAAGUUUUGAUGAUUCACAUCGGAAGCAACAACAAAAUCUCCUCGAAGCAAGAGCUCACCUUCUGCUUGCAAAAUGGCUUGACCGUGCUGGUCAAACCAACUCAUCCGCCUUACGGGCCCAAUACCAACUCGCUGCAAAGACACACAAUGCUUGGGAGAAAGGUCACUAUUAUUUGGGACGUCAUUACAAUAAACUAUUGGAAUCGGCCAGUAAUUUACCAUUGGAGCGACAAGAUGAAAAUUAUCUUUCUGGGGAGACCGCAUCACUGGUCAUUUCGAACUACCUUCGCUCCUUAGGUCAUGGUACUAAGUACGUUUACCAGACCCUGCCUCGUAUCCUGACGCUUUGGUUAGAUCUUGGUACGCAGCUCAGUCAGAAAAUUGAUCCGAAGCGUCAUUCGCAAGAGUUUGUCAGUAAGAUGACUCAAUUGCGAAAGAAAACUCUGGACGACCUUCAUCUUCGGUUCAAGAAAUACAUUUCCAAAAUGCCGGCCUACAUAUUCUAUACCGCUUUACCGCAAAUUGUUUCACGGAUUACUCAUCCACACAAGGAAGUGAAUCAAUUCGUUCAAUUGAUCAUUUUGAAAGUUGUAUCUGCGCAUCCUCAACAGUCACUUUGGAGUUUGCUAGCUGUGAGCACUUCGACGCAGCAGGAUCGUCGCAACAAAGGAAAGGAGCUACUCCAAAAGUUAACGAACGCCUCAGGUAGGGUCGAUAACAGUGCAAUAGAUAUUAAAGCACUAAUCAGAAACGGUCAAGAUCUUACCAGCGAGAUCUUGAAGAUAUGCAAAGCCGGAGAUUUUCCAGGACAAAAGACGUAUAAAGCUAGUUUGACCAAGGAACUACAAUUUAAAAACAAGGUCUUGCCAAGUCUGCUUGCUUGCCCAGUUGAGGCCGCAUUGACAGCAACCUUGCCAACUCUCACGGAUAGAGUAACAACACACAAAGCUUUCUCCCGCGACGUUAUUACCAUCAAUGCUUUCGAAGACGACGUUUUGGUUCUAAACUCCUUGGCGAAACCGCGACGGUUGAAGGCUCUGGCCUCAAAUGGACAACACUAUGGUCUUCUUUGCAAACCGAAAGAUGACCUCCGAAUGGAUCAGCGUCUUAUGGAAUUCAAUGGUAUGAUGAAUAGAGCUCUCAAACGCGAUGCAGAGUCAAGUAGACGUCAAUUGUACGUCAAGACAUAUGCCGUCACCCCUCUCAACGAGGAAUGUGGGAUCAUAGAAUGGAUAGAAGGACUUCAAACGUUCCGCAAGAUUUUAUUGGAAUUAUACAAACCUAUGGGCAUACACCCCGAUUAUCGAGAAAUCGAUGUGUUUUGUCAGGAAGCAAUGAAAGGCGAUAAGCAGCUCUCGUUUUUCACGGACAAGGUUCUCGGUGGAUUUAAGCCCGUCUUCUACUUAUGGUUUAUUCAACAAUUUCCCGAACCCUCAGCUUGGUUUGCUGCUAGACUUCGUUACACUCGCUCUUGUGCCGUUAUGUCUAUGGUCGGCACAAUUCUGGGUCUAGGAGAUCGCCAUACCGAGAAUAUCCUUUUUGAGGAAGGAAACGGAGGAACCUUCCACGUCGAUUUCAAUUGUCUCUUCGACAAAGGCAAAACCUUCACAAAGCCCGAACGUGUUCCCUUCCGUCUCACCCAUAACAUGGUCGAUGCAAUGGGCUUGUACGGCUACGAAGGCCCCUUUCGCAAAUCCUCGGAACUUACACUGAAGCUCUUGCGCCAACAUGAAGAAACAUUAAUGACGAUUCUCGAAGCCUUCAUCUAUGAUCCAACCCUAGAUCUCAUGAAGAAAGUAGAUAAGAAGAAGAGAGAGAUGGCAAAUGAUGGAACGCAGAGUGCUCAGACGGUUCUGGAUGUUAUACAGAGAAAAGUGAAGGGCUUGCUACCGGGCGAGAGUGUACCGCUUAGUGUGGAGGGCCAUGUGGAUGAAUUGAUUAAACAAGCGACGGAUCCGAGAAAUUUGACCGCUAUGUAUAUUGGGUGGUGUUCAUUUUUUUAG